AUGGCGGCGCACACGACGGUCCUGGACGACCUGGACGACGAGACCGCACAUCUCAUCAUCAAAUGCCAGCUUGAGGAACUGACUCAGCUUGAGAGGGAAUUCGGAGCCGGAUCUGAAGGUGGCAAGGAUGGUGAAGUCGCUCGUCGCUUCUACGAGGCCGAGCUGAAGGCGUAUCGCGCGCUGCGUGGGUUUGCGGAAGAAGAGGCUCAAGCUCCAGACGAGGGCGACGGCGUUGACCAACAACCAUCUCCACCAGCAGCAGCGCCAGAUGGUGUCCCGCGGUUCGAGUGCUCGGUCUGCGACGAGCGCAAUGUCUCCGACUACGACUACUCAGCACCAUGCGGCCACCACUACUGCGGUGACUGUCUGUCCGACCUCUUCGCCACCUCCAUGAGAGAUGAGAGGUUCUAUCCUCCUCGCUGCUGCAACCAGCACAUCCUCUUCGAAUCCGCCGGUAUCUUCUUGCGAAAGGAGGUCGAGACGGAGUUUGCGGACAAGAAGGAAGAGCUGGACGACUCGAGGCGUACUUACUGCCAUGUGCCGACCUGCUCGACGUAUGUUCCGCAGUCUCACAAGCAAGCCGAUGUCGCCCGGUGCCCGAGUUGCCAGCAGGAGACUUGCAUUCUCUGUCACGGUGCCACUCAUGAGGGAGACUGUCCACCAGAUGAGGCUGCACAGAGCGUCAUCGACACGGCAAGCCAGGAAGGAUGGCAGCGCUGUUACUCCUGCCAGAGGAUGGUUGAGCUCACGAUCGGAUGUAACCAUAUCACAUGCCACUGCCGCGCUCAGUUCUGUUACGUCUGCGGAGAACGGUGGAGGACCUGUCGCUGUCCACAGUUCCAUGAGGAGCGUCUGCUUGCUCGCGCCGAGCAAGUCGCUGAUCGGGAGGGUGGUAAUGCAGCCGAGCUCGCGGAGCAGUUGCGACAGCAUCACGAAUGCCAACGAGGCGACCACGAGUACGAGCGGAUUGAGGGUGGAGGCGAUUGUGACGAGUGCGGCGAAUACCUUCGUGUGUUCAUCUGGCGAUGCGAAAACUGCCACACGGACAUCUGCUCGCGCUGUCGCUUUAAUCUAUAG